AAAGACAUUGUGAUGACGAGAAAAGCGAAUCAAGAAUGUGAAUCCAAUCGCCGAUCAAUUCUUGUUUCUCUGAUCUCAACGCGCCGGAGAGAGAGAUACUGUUGUUGGUAUUGUUUCAUGUAAAAAGAUGAAAAAAAAGGAUAAAAAAUGUAUUUUUUUGUUUUUUUUCUCUUGAUGAAAAAAGAUGGUGUACUUUUUGCCUUCAGGCCUUUGUUCUUUUCUGAUACAGAGAAAUAAGCGGUGUUGCUCUUUAUCCAUGUUUCAUGAAAAGAUGCGUUUUUUUUAAGGCUUUAAGCUCAUCUAAUAGCUUGGUAGAAGGAAGGAGGAGAGUGAUCAGCGAGAGGAAAAGGAGAAGGUGAGAAGAGAAGCUUUCUAAGCAACUAUGGGGCUAUUUCAGCUUUUCAUCGCUGCUUCAGUGCCUGUUCUCAACGUGCUUCUGAUCACCGGUGUUGGAUCGUUUCUAGCAACGGGUCGUGUUGGCAUCCUGUGUGAAGAAGCAAGAAAGCAUAUGAACAAUGUUGUAUUUUUUGUAUUCAAUCCAUCUCUUGUCUCGACAAACUUGGCCCGGACAGUGACAUUGGAGAAUGUUGUUCUGAUGUGGUUCAUGCCAAUUAAUAUCUUUCUCACAUUUCUUCUUGGUUCUUUACUUGGAUGGGUUGUUAUCCAUCUAACAAAAGCUCCUCCGCCCUCGAGGGGGCUAAUCAUAGGCUGCUGUGCGGCUGGGAAUUUGGGCAACAUGCUUCUUAUCAUCAUCCCUGCAAUCUGCAAAGAAAAAGGCAGUCCUUUCGGAGAUCCUGAUGCUUGCCACACAUUCGGCUUGGCAUACGUGUCACUCUCUAUGGCUAUCGGAGCAGUCUUUAUUUGGUCAUAUGUCUACAAUAUGGUUCGAAUAUCUUCAAAUGCUAUUGGAGAAAAAUUAAUCAGCAACCCUCAAAAGAGACCUAUUAUUCUAGAGGAAAAUGCGAAGCUCAUUCCUAGCAACCAUACAGGUGAAAAACUUUUGCUACAGAGUGGGUUAUCAUCUGAUUGUCCUGCUGAACAACGGCUUCCUAUUACUGCAUAUGCAGAAUCUUCAACUAAACCAAAGCUACCAAUUCUGGACCAAUUUAAGAACGGAUUGUCAAAUAUUGGCUGUGCAAUUGACUUGAAAAAACUGUUCGCUCCGUCAACCAUAGGAGUAAUUAUUGGGUUUAUUAUUGGUAUGGUUCCCCAAAUUAGAAAAGCAAUUAUUGGUGAAUCCGCUCCUCUUCGUUUUGUCCAAGAAUCGGCAUCUUUGCUGGGGGAUGGUGCGAUACCAACAGUCACUCUGAUAAUGGGAGGAAACCUUCUUAGAGGUUUACAUGGAUCGGGCACACAAUUUUCGGUCAUUAUUGGAGUUAUAGCCGUCCGUUAUGUUAUGUUACCGCUAAUAGGCAUGAUUAUAGUCAAAGGGGCAAUUCGCUUGGGCCUGGUGCAUUCUGAUCCUUUGUAUCAGUUCGUUCUUUUGCUACAAUAUGCUCUUCCACCGGCAAUGAACAUGGGUACAAUUACUCAACUGUUUGGUGCUGGCGAAAAGGAGUGUUCUGUUAUUUUCUUAUGGGCAUACGCAUUGGCGUCGGUUUCACUCACCCUUUGGUCAACAUUCUUCAUGUGGCUAGUGUCAUAAUAAUCUGGCAGCCCGGCAACAGAAUUACACCACCAUCUCAACUUGUUCUUUGUCGAUCUUCAUGGGACAAACGUUCAUCAGGCCGGCAAUGUAAAUUAUAGAUGCCAUUCUGGCUGGUAAGUUUUCAAUGAAAAUUAAAUAAUGGUUAUUUCUUGAAUGAAGACAGCUUGCGUACUGAUAUUUCAUUGUGUUUUCUCAUCUUCAUGAAUGUACUAUUUCGACUUUGCCAUUUUAUUUAUUCGAUCUAUGUGAA